UUCACAUCUACUGUAAUAUCUACUACAUCAAUUGAUUCGUCUACGUUGCAAAGACAAACAAACCCUGGCAUAAUAUCAUCCAAUAUGCAACCCAUCCUAAGAGCCAUGCCUGUCGAAAAGAUUGUCCCUCUUCUCUUGACAGUUGGCAGCGCCACAGUCGUUGUCGGUGGUGUUCGCACACAACUCAAGCCACAGACACAAUCACGAUCUUUUGAUAGAAGACUUGCCUCUUAUAGCACAGCACAAAGCGAAAAGACAAUGACAACCAUGAUUUAUAGCACUUGGCUAGAAGAUUAGACAACCAUCGGUCUAGAAAUGCAGGCGUUUCAGACCACAUCAACUUCACGACACAUAACGCAUAUUAACGAAGAAACAUACACAUAUUAAAAUACUUGCUGGCAAGAUCAACUUCUCAAGCAAGACAAGUACACUACAACUAUUAUACUACGGCCUGGAUUAGAUAAAGACACAUACACUAGCGAGCGAUAGAAUUUUGGGCAAGGAUCCCACUUA